AUGGAGCUGACAUCCUCAUAUGUUCGACCAAAGACCAGCCACUUCCUUCCCGCCAUCUCCACCAUUACUUCAAGCCACCGAAAUACGCCGCCCGCCAGUCACACUGCCAACCACUGGAGGACCAGCAGCUAUUACAAGAAUGGCGGCACCAUCCCCAGCUUGCAGCGAGGCAUCCCAGACCUCAUCCGUACCGACACCAUGUUCUACCCCUCCAACAGGAGCACGCUGAGCACCCGCUACACGCCGGACGACUGGUUCAAGUCCAACCAGGGCAACUACCGCCAGUCAGAGGCAUCGCGCAACAGUGCCGAGAGGCUGCGGCGUGACACGCUGCGGCUGAUUCAGGACAAGGAGCAGUUGACCCGUCGCAUGCAAGAGAACACCAGCAAGGACAUUGGGCAGCGCGUCAACGACAUUGCUUUCUGGCGCUCAGAACUGAGCCACGAGGUCGACAACAUUGUGGGAGAGACUGCGGCGCUGGCUGAGGUCAAGCGGCGGCUGGAGAGGGCCUUGGCAGAGACCGAGCGGCCCCUUCAGGUGACUCAAGAGUGUCUCUACCACCGGGAGAAGCGCAUGUCCAUUGACCUAGUUCACGAUGACGUCGAGAAGGACCUUAUGAAGGAGGUGGAGGUGAUAAAGACCUGCCAGGGUAGGAUGAGGCAACAUCUGGAGAGAGCCACAGCCCAACUAGUACUGAACCGGGCGGCGCAACACGAGCUGGAACGAGAUCUAAGCGACAAAGUGACGGCGCAGAGGAUAGACGACCGCUGCCAUCACCUGACGAACACAUCGAAUGGAGUUGGAUUUUUCCGCGGAAUCGAAAGACUUGACCCCUCGCUCUCUCUGCCGGAGUCGUGGUCCAAGUUCACCGAUGACAACGUGCUACACUCACAGGGCCAGCGUGCCGCCUCGCGCAAACUGCGCGAUGAGAUCGAGGCGCUGCUCAAUGUCACCUCCAGUGAAAUGUGGAGUCAGUUCAAUAAUGUCAACGUGUCCUUUACCAGCCGUGUGGCACAGACCACAGACGCCCGCAACAGCCUACAGACUCACCUCGCCAAGACCCUACAGGAGAUCUUCCAGACGGAGAUGCUUAUAGAGUCCUUAAAGAAAGCUCUGCGUGACAAGGAGAACCCGCUGAAGGUGGCCCAAACAAGACUGGAGGAGCGCACCCGAAGGCCCAACCUGGAGCUAUGCCGUGACACCCCACACCACAGGCUAGUGGACGAGGUACGAGAGAUCGAGGACACCAUUCGCAAGCUGCUGGAGAGGCUGCACGAGGCUGAGGGCAGCCUCCAAAAUCUGCUCAGGACAAAAGUAACUCUUGAGCACGACCUUGCCAUCAAAGCCAACUCGCUCUUUCUGGACCAGGAGAAGUGCAUGAGCAUGCGCAAGACCUUCCCCAGUGUACCACGACUCACGGGAUACACUUAA